AAUGUAUCAUGCCAAUGCGGAAAAUAUUUAACAUAAAUUUGGAGUCUUUUGUUAUCAUCAACACGGGCCAACUCUCCCUCACUCUUCCACAACCACUCCUUCCUAGCCUUAACCACUUCUUUUAAUUUCUCUCUUCACUCAUUUAAAUUGAUUAGGAAGGAUUUUGUAUCGCAGUUAACAGUUCAAAGCAUUGGCCCCAUCAGGCCAUCAUCACCAAAUAACCCACCCAAUACUUUUUUUUUUUGGAUUCUUUUAGUGUUGUCAUGUUUACUCUUCACGUAAAGAAAGAACAUUCUCAUCAAGUUCACUUUCUCUUUAAUCUUGCAAUUUAUUUUCAGCUUUCAAGCUAAAACAGAAAGACUCAAAAGGGAGUUCUCUUUACCUCCUAAAGUGCAUCUUAGAUAGAACCGAGAAUUUCCUCACUGCAUACUCAAUUCCUAAUAUUCUUAGCUUGCUCAUCCUUUUUUCUCUUCUAUGUCUCCAACUCAAGCAAGAAUGUCUUUUUUGUAGGCAUGCAUUCACUUUCUAUUAAGUACUACAAAUGGCUGAACUUGCGAAACAUACGUGAAAGAGUUGUUUUUUAACAUACCCAUCUGCAAGAAUGUGUAGAAUUCUAUGCGAAAUCGAGCAAAAAUAUGGUUUUCCUAUAAACCCACCUCCUUUUUCACCUCCCUCUUCAAUCUCAACCACUCCUUACGAUGAAGAUGAUUCGACCUUGGCAUCAUCGUCAUCAUCAUCUUUUAACAGAAUUAGCCCUGUAAUUCUCUUGGUUAUAAUAAUUCUAGCUGUUAUCUUCUUUGUUUCUGGUGUUCUUCAUUUGCUUGUUAGAUGUCUCCUGAAAAGGUCACAUUUUUCAGCAAUUUUUCAUUCCAAUAGAUACCCAGAAAUCUCAAGGUCUCACUCUCUUCAAAGACAACUUCAACAGCUAUUUCGCCAACAUGAUUCUGGUCUAGACCAAGCUUUCGUUGAUGCACUACCUGUUUUUUACUACAAAGAUAUCAUGGGUUUAAAAGAACCAUUUGAUUGUGCAGUUUGCUUAUGUGAAUUCUCAGACAGAGACAGGCUUAGGUUGCUUCCUAUGUGUAGUCAUGCUUUUCACAUUCAUUGUAUUGAUACAUGGCUUCUUUCAAACUCUACUUGCCCUCUCUGUAGAGGUACCCUUUUGAGCUCUAGUCUUCCUAUGGAGAACCCCUCGUUUAAUUUUGAUGUGUUGAGGGAAGUAUCAAAUGGGCUUCCUAGCGAUGGAGAUAAUGAUGGAUCUUCUAAUGGUCAAAAAACAGGAAUCACCACAGAGGAAAGUGUAGUUGAAAAGAGGGUAUUUUCGGUUAGACUUGGCAAGUUUCGAAGUCUAAAUGAAGGAGAAACAAGUGGAGAGAGAGGACGAGAAGAGACCAGAAGUAACUUGGAUGCUAGAAGAUGCUACUCACUGGGGACAGUUCAGUAUGUGGUGGGUGAUUCAAAUCUGCAAGUAGCCUUAUCUCAUCAUGAUAGCAUCAAUGUUAGAGGAGAGUAUGAAUCAUCGGCAGUGGAUGGAGAUGUGGAAGGUAAGAAAAUUAAUGGCAGGACCAGAGGAGAUAGCUUCUCAGUUUCUAAGAUUUGGCUUUGGUCUAAAAAGAAUAAAUUUCCAAGUUCAACUACUACAAAUAUGGAUGUCUUCUUCUCUUAACGUAAGUUAAUUUGUCAAUUAAGGAUAGAGAUGCAACUAUAACAGCUAAUUUGGCUAUACUGUUUUUGUGGUUCUUGAUUGAUUGACCAUUUGCUUAAUUAGCAUUCUUUUCUUAAUUAGCAUUUACAAAAGAUUCACACUCGGGAUCUUUCCUCUU